CUUCAUGUUCAACAGGAGACACCGAUUUAAACCGUCGCAAACCACCUACCACCCCGUGAGUGAGUGAGCGCCCGUGAGAAGCCGAAUAAUCUUAAUCAUAAGAUGUCUUACGAUCCUCGAACCACCGAUGAGGCACCACCAAAUGCCACAUUUUCAACCGUUCCUCCAUCUGCAACCUGUGCGACGGGGAUUCCUGCGAAUCCAACACCCCCGCCUCCAACAAUUCACAAAAGAACCUACCAGGCCUGCAUUCCAUGUCGGCAGAGAAAAGUUCGCUGCGACCUCGGCUCCGUUGAAGCCCCGCACGACCCACCCUGCGUCCGCUGCCGUCGCGAAUCCAAGGAAUGCUACUUCUCCGCUACGAGGCGCAAGACGAGAACCCCGAGCACGGACGAGGUAGGAAUCGGUCGCGGCCGCGGCACCAUCCGUGGGGUGGUCAGGAAGCACGAGGAUGACGAGGAAGUGCUCUCACCGAUCAAGCGAUCCCGCUCAAUUGGCCACGGAGACUUCGCUAAUUCCCCAUCUUAUUCACCCAGCUUUGCGGGGAAGCCUUUCGUUACGCCCAUCGAUCCACGGCUUGCGGAGCGAGAUGGGGAUGUCGACAGCAGGGACGGGGACACGGCAACGGCCGCUGAGGCGCUGCUCCAGACGCCCGUUUGCAAUUCGCACCAGGCGCUGUUAGCGCUUGUCGAGGUAGCGGGGAGGGAUGCGCCGAUGUCCACGGGUGGGAAAUCACCCGGCGAUACGGAUGGGGAAGGUGAGAAGGAUGUCGAUGAUAGUCUGUCACCAGCUACACGGAAUGGGGUUGGGGUUCGGUUCUCCUCGGCGGGCGAUGGUACUUUCUCCCCGUAUGCUCGCAGGCGGGCAGGAAGCAAUUCUACCACUUCUCCCGGAACACAGGCUGGUCGGCCGGGGACUGCUAGGAGUCUGAGCAUCAGCACCAUUCACGAGGACAAAGAUGGACUGGAAAAGGCUGCGGGGUGGUUCACUGCUAGGGAAGCAAUUCAAUAUGUUGAAUACUUUUACAAACAUCUACACCCGUUGUCACCAACCCUAACAUCGCCCUCCCUGCAACAUAUUUCACACCCCAGUCACCACCCCUCACUCCUUCGCUUAGAGCCCUUCCUGACAACCAUCAUCCUUCUGAUAACAUCACGGUACAUGGUCCUCUCGGGCCCGGGGGGUCAAUCAAGAUCGUAUGCAAUCCACGACAUGCUAUGGCGGGAAGUCCGCGGCGGAUGCGAAGGGCUCAUGUGGGGCGGCGGGUGGGGCGGUCUUGGAACCGCAAGUAGCAACAACCACUCGUACACACACAGCGCAAAAGUAGCGCGCGGGCUGCGUACAUUGGGGACGGUGGAAGGCUUAUUGAUACUCACAGAAUGGCACGUCCGCGGGCUGCACUUCCCGAUGGAUGUGGAGGAGGGCGACUGGAUGGUGGAUUCGUCCGAUAGCGAGGAGUGCGAGACCACGCACACCCGGCGGAAAGCGCGCAAGGGCGGAGGCGUGGUGGAAGGCUUGAGCGACCGCAUCGAAAAUAUACUCGAGCCGGCGUACCGCAGUGAUCGGAUGAGUUGGAUGUUGCUGGGCAACGCCCUCGCGCUGGCGUACGAACUCGGUGUCUUUGACGAGAUAGACGAGCCGGCGUCCACCACUCCCGCACACCUCCCCUCCAGAGAACCGCCCCCGCCAGACACGGGCUACCGUCUUCGCUUCCAGAGAAUCCAGAAGCUCCUCCUCCUCUACGUCCUCCAACUUGCCUCGCGCCUCGGUUGGACGAGCAUGAUCCCGCGACACAUCACUCAAUCCGUCCAGCACAAGCUCAAUUCCGCCGGCGCCUCCCCGGCUAGCGUGACCAUAACCGGCCGCUGGGAUAGCGAAGAUGAGCUCCAGGACGUGAUCUUUCACAGCUGGGUUGACCUAACAAUGGUGAUGAAGCACUCGGCGGAAACGCUUUUCCCCUCGCGCCGGCAUACCAAAGAGAUCAUGCGGACGGGCCGCUACGUGGAGCUCCUGGAGUACUUCCAGCCCAAGCUGAAGGACUGGAAGCGCGACUUCGACGCCCUCAACCUCCCGAACCCGAUUCACCACAUCCUUAGCAUGGAAUACGAGCACGUAAGGUUUUACAUCAACUCCCUCGCCCUCCAAGCCGUCGUGGACCGGUGCACCGUGAACAACAGCACGAAAACGGCAAUGAUGCAGGUGAACGCGAAGGAUGUAUCCUUCAUAAAAGAAGUCGUUGACGCCUCCCGCGCUCUCCUAUCCUGCGUCGUGAAGAAGAUGUGUCCGGGGGGGUACCUCAAGCAUGCGCCUGUUCGAAUCUACCUGCGCAUUCUGGGCGCUAGCAUGUUCUUACUGAAGACUCUCGCGCUCGGCGCGAAAGAGAGCGACGUCACGACCAGCAUAGACCUCAUCCAUGACACGAUACGUGCACUCCGUUCCGCAAGCGUCGACGAUGUACACCUUGCGCUACGCUUUGCGGAUUUACUAGAGAUAUUGACGAAUCGGGUUAAUGCUCGAUUCAUCAGGAUCAAUCCUACCAGCAGUGCAACUACCAAUGCUACUGCCGAUACAUCCGCAAAUACCCCACCACCGCAGGCCACGUCGCCAAAGACGAAGGUUAGGAUGCUCCCACCUCCGACUCCCGGCACACUGCAGGCCGACAUGGCCAGGGGGGAUUAUGGGUACGACGGAGCGGAUAUCCACGAUGCCGAGUUUCUCUUCAGCGGGUAUGAGUGGUUGGCGUUGCCGAUCGAUCCCGUUACUGGCGCCGGGUUCGAUGCUGGUGUUACGCAGAGUCAGAUGGGCGUUGAUGUUGGCGGGGUGGAUUUGUUGGAGUUGUUGUUGGCGGGGAGUGGUGGUGGGUAG